AGUCAAGCUGAACCUUUUCACUUAAACUGGAUUUCUUUAUUCUGCCUUUGUCCAAUAGCCCCUGCUGGUCUAACCGUUUUAUGUUGAGACGUGUCUAGUGUCUUUGGAGCCCGAUGACGUCAUAGGGCCCCUCUGAAGACCUGCAUGGUGUCCUUGGACCUGGUGUCCUAGUGAUGCUGGAGGAGCACAGCACAACGAUCCAGAUUCGGGUGGAGAGGAGGGACGGACGCGUCCCAAUCCGCUUCCCCGGUGCCUCGGUCUGGGUGCGCGGUCAGAGCGGGAGAAAAGCAUCCGGUAACCUGCCGGUGUGGGAGUCAAACCAACAAGUUGAGCUUCUAACGGGCAACGUGCCGAUCCGCCCCACGUAGCCUUGCGUGGAGAAGCAGAAGGGGGGGGUUCUGAAACCGGACGCGGCCGGACCGGGUUGCCGUCAGACAUCUUGCCUCAGACCGGAGGAGACCGGAUACUUCUCACGGUCAAACGUGCGGAUGGAGUGACGGCGGGGCCCGGUACUCCGGACACACAGCAGACCCCUCUACGGAGCCGGUAGGACCACGGAGCCCCGGUCACUGAAAACCUUCUGCAUCAGAUCAGCUGUUCAGUAGGCUCCGCCUCCUCAACCUGUGUGAAGUUCUCUUCAUUAUGAUCAGCUGUGAGUGACAGGUGCAGCCAUGAUUGGAGGACUCUUCAUUUACAACCACAAGGGCGAGGUGCUGAUCUCCAGGGUUUAUCGCGAUGACAUUGGGAGGAACGCAGUGGACGCCUUCCGGGUCAACGUGAUUCACGCCCGGCAGCAGGUGCGCUCACCCGUCACCAACAUCGCCCGCACCAGCUUCCUGCACGUGAAGCGCUCCAACAUCUGGCUGGCCGCCGCCACCAAGCAGAACGUCAACGCCACCAUGGUGUUCGAGUUCCUCUACAAGAUGUGUGACGUCAUGGCCGCCUACUUCGGCAAGAUCAGCGAGGAGAACGUGAAGAACAACUUCGUCCUGAUCUACGAGCUGCUGGACGAGAUUCUGGACUUUGGGUACCCUCAGAACUCAGAGACCGGAGCUCUGAAAACCUUCAUCACCCAGCAAGGAAUCAAGAGUCAGCACCACACCAAAGAGGAGCAGUCUCAGAUCACCAGUCAAGUCACCGGUCAGAUCGGCUGGAGACGAGAAGGAAUCAAAUACAGACGCAACGAGCUCUUCCUGGACGUGUUGGAAAGCGUCAACCUGCUCAUGUCUCCCCAAGGUCAGGUGCUCAGCGCCCACGUCUCCGGCCGCGUGGUGAUGAAGAGUUACCUCAGCGGGAUGCCCGAGUGCAAAUUUGGCAUGAACGACAAGAUUGUCAUCGACAAGCAGGGGAAAGGAGGAGGUUCAGAGGACGUGGCCAAGAGUGGUAAACAGUCCAUAGCCAUUGAUGACUGCACCUUCCAUCAGUGUGUUCGUCUCAGCAAGUUUGACACUGAACGCAGCAUCAGCUUCAUCCCUCCUGAUGGAGACUACGAACUCAUGAGGUAUCGAACCACCAAAGACAUCAUCCUGCCGUUCAGGGUUAUCCCGCUGGUCCGAGAAGUAGGGCGGACCAGACUGGAGGUCAAAGUUGUCAUUAAGUCCAACUUCAAGUCGUCUCUGCUUGCUCAGAAGAUCGAGGUGAGGAUCCCCACCCCCCUCACCACCAGCGGGGUUCAGCUCAUUUGUAUGAAGGGGAAAGCAAAAUACAAAGCCAGCGAGAACGCCAUCGUGUGGAAGGUGAAGAGGAUGGCCGGCAUGAAGGAGUCUCAAAUCAGUGCUGAAAUCGAGCUGCUUCCCACCAACGACAAGAAGAAGUGGGCCCGCCCCCCUAUCUCCAUGAACUUUGAGGUGCCCUUUGCCCCCUCUGGUCUGAAGGUGAGGUACCUGAAGGUGUUUGAGCCCAAACUGAACUACAGUGAUCACGACGUCAUUAAAUGGGUUCGUUACAUCGGACGAAGUGGAAUCUAUGAAACCCGCUGCUGAGGAAGGACACGACAUCAUCCUCCUCCUCCUCAUUGUGUGUCCCAGUGAAUGCAGUCCUAGUUGUUGAUAUCUUGACUCAUGUUUAGAAACACUACUCAUAAUGCACCUGGAUGGAGAUAGAUAGAUAGAUAUAUACGUUAUUUAUCCCCAGGGGGGAAUUUUGAGUCUUUACUACGCGUGAGACCGAUGGUGUGUUCCUUUAAGAGACAGACCAACCAAUCAGAAGAGUCCGAUCACUGAGGGAAUCCCAAUCUGCCCCUGUGACUCUGUGAGGGUUCCGUUCUGUCCCAGUGUUUGUAUAUGAGAAUGUAUACAUUUGAAACAUCAAGGAUUGAAGAUUGAUAAAAAAGACUGUAUAUUCAUAAAAUAUGAAAUGUCACCAAAGCAAUUUGAACAAAGACAUCAAAAUAUAUUUAUUUAAAAUGAGCUCUCAUUUUAUGAAGAAAGAGCUGGAAAGACGUCCAAAUCAGAGUUAAAAAGUAUGAAUUUAAUCCCUACACUGGUAAAUCAUAUUUUAGACGUUGUCAUGGUGACGUGACAUGUGGCAUCAAAGUGCUGUCCCUUCAUCUAAAGCCCAUAGAAUCCAGACCAGGUGUCCUCAGUGAGUCCCUGAGGGGAGGAGAUUGGGAUUGGGCCAGUCUGUGAUCCGUUUACCCAGCAUGCUUCGCUUUCAGUGUUUGUUGAAUUUAAUGAAUUCAUCUCUGCUUUUAUUUCUAUUGUUUUUACAGUUUUUGUAUCCCGAUGUGUCAGAAAUAAAGUUAUAAUUCUGAAGUCA